AUGCAUCAUCUCGCCUUGAAAAAUAUUGGAUUAGCUACCAUUUUUUGGCUCCUUGCUAUCCUACCUUGCGCCCUGUCGAGUGCCGUUGACUCUCGACCUGCCAUUGGAUUUGACCUUGGGCAAUCCUACGGAACUGCGGUUGCCCACCUACCUAAUGGAACCAUUAUUAAGCUUGCCAAAGUGGAGGGGAGUCUAAGGUACCAGGCCUUUUUACAAAGCGAGAUACAAAAGCAGCAAGGUUCUCGAUGGUAUCCUUCCAGGGCCGAGGUGCAGCGAGAAGAACUCUCGAGGCUACUGAAGCAAUAUACAGGACUUGGGGGACCGUACGGGGCAGCAAUUCUUGCUGAGAUGCUUAUUCCGCUGCGAACUGCAUCGGAAGCCGUUCUCGGAGCACCUCUACCAGCUACCGUGGUUAUCACCGCACCUUAUAUUACCGCCUGGCGACAUGAAGAAACAGAGGACAGCAGCUUCGUGGAAAGAGCACGGAAACUAGCGGGACUAAGACCUUUAACGGUUGACAAUAUGGAUCCCGUCUACCUUGGCGAGGCUAACUCUGUUCUUGCUGCCAACGGACGUGAGAUAUGUCCUGACCUUCGCUGCAAAGGCCCUGAAUGGUCCGACGAAAUCCUUUUUAGACAAGAUGUAGUUUACUUCAUCAGCUUUACAAACCAGUCUCUAUAUACGUCGUUCCAAAUGGCGACUUGCUUCUUUCAUUCCCCUGUUGGUGCCAGACUUGGGAAUAUUGAUCCAGAUUUUGGUUUAAACCAACAGCAUCAGGCGACUGACAGGGCAAGCUUUUGGCAGAGGCUUCAAAAGCACCUUAUAUCUCGAGUUGGAGAGCAUGCCAAGAUACGGGAUAUUUACCAACAGAGCUACCUAGUAGUUGUAGCGGGUGAGGCUGCGAAUACUCCCGAAUUCCUGGAUGCCGUAAGGCAAACAGUCACCCAUAUACAAAACGACCCUGUCCAUAGGGUUAAGGAGACUGGAACAGGACCUAAGGUUGAGUUACUGGUCUCUGAUGAUCCGACGUACGCUGCGGCCAAGGGUGUUGCAUUCUGGAGACGAACAAUGAUUGACUCGUCAUACUGUGAUGAUUGGUUCGAAGCGGAAGAAAAAUAUAAAUCUAGGCAGAGUUUUGACAGAGAAGAUCGUGAUGAACUAUAA